AUGAAUAUAUUAAUAACAGGUUGUAAUCGUGGAUUAGGAAUGUUAUUAGCUAAAGAAUUAAGAAAUCAUCAUGUUAUAGCAACAGCAAGAGAUAUAAAUAAAUUAAAAUAAUCAUUAAAUGAUUAAAAGCAUUGUGAUUUGUAAUAAUUAGAUGUUAGUAAUGGUGAAAGCAUAAAAUAAUUUAUAAAAACUAUAAAACAACCAAUUGAUAUUCUUGUAAAUAAUGCAGGAAUAAUAGAAACACAAUUAAGUGAUAAAAAUAAAAUGGCAGAAUAAGUAUUUAAAGUGAAUUACUAUGGAGUGAUAAAUCUAACAUAAGCAGUAUUGCCCUACAUAAGAUAAGAUGGAAAGGUUAUAAAAAUGUUAAUGUUAUUUAGAUAAUUGUUAUAUCAUCAAAUUUGGGUAAACUUAGUAUUCAAAAGGAUGUGAUUCAAUAGAAAUUGAAUAAAUGUAAUAAGGAUGAAUUAUAGAUGAUAGUUGAAGAAUUCAUAAAGAAUAUAGAUGAAAGAAAUGAUUUUGGAGAAUGGUAUAAGGAAUAUAAAGGUAUAUAUAAGGAAUAUAAAGGUAUAUACUCUGCUUCAAAAGCAUUAAUAAAUGCAUAUUAUAGACAUGUUUUAUCAAAAGAAGUAAAAUAAUAAGUUUUCUGUAUUCAUCCAGGAUGGUUAAAGACAGAUAUGGGAGGACCUUUAGCUCCAAAAGAACCUGAAGAUGGUAUAAUAACUAGUUUAUAUGUUAUAAAUAAUGAAAUAAAAGGGACAGGAUUAUAUUUGAAUGAUAAAUGUGAAAUAGAAGAAUUUUGA